AUGGGCAGAAAGGCUUUGAGGGUUCUUUUCUUGGGUCCCAAAGGUACAUAUUCCCAUCAAGCUGCAUUACAACAAUUUCAAUCAUCAUCUAAUGUUGAAUACCUCCCAGCAGCCUCUAUUCCUCAAUGUUUUAACCAAUUAGAAAACGACACUAGUAUAGAUUAUUCAGUGGUACCGUUGGAGAACUCUACCAAUGGCCAAGUAGUUUUCUCCUAUGACCUCCUGCGUAAUAGGAUGAUCAAUAAUGCUCUAUCCUCGGCUGCGCCAGCAGGUACUCAUAGAAUCAUGCCAGAUAUAGAAGUUAUAGCAGAGCAAUAUGUUCCCAUUACCCAUUGCUUGAUCAGCCCCAUCGAACUACCAAAUGGUAUCCAAUCCCUUGGUAAAUUUGAGGAAGUCAUAAUACACUCACAUCCUCAAGUAUGGGGCCAGGUUGAAGGUUACUUAAAGUCCCUAGCAGAAAAAUUUCCGCGGGUCACCUUUAAAAGAUUGGAUUGUUCUUCAACGUCUGAAUCGGUAAAUCAGUGCAAUAGCUCACUAACGACUGGUUGCGACAAUAUUUUGCAUUUAGCCAUUGCUAGUGAAACAGCAGCUCGAUUACAUAAGGCAUAUAUCAUUGGACAUUCGAUAAAUGAUAAAUUGGGAAAUACAACAAGAUUUUUAGUAUUGAAGAGGAGAGAGAACACAUGCGAGGGUGAAGCUGAGGAUAAUGAAUUACCACAGGUUAACUUGCUUACUUUUACUACUCGCCAAGAUGAUCCUGGUUCUUUAGUGGACGUUUUGAAUGUAUUAAAAAUCCAUUCACUCAACAUGUGUUCUAUAAACUCUAGACCAUUUCAUUUAGAAGAAAACGAUAGAAAUUGGCGAUAUUUGUUUUUCAUUGAAUAUUAUACUGAUAAAAAUACACCAAAGGAUAAAGAAAGAUUUUAUAAAGAUAUCAGCGAAAAAAGUAAAAAGUGGUGCCUGUGGGGUACAUUCCCCAGAAAUGAGAGAUAUUAUCACAAAUGA